GACCUUUUGAUAUGUACAUUAAUAAAAUCCGAUCAUACUAAUUUUAGAAAAAUGGAAUCCUUUAAACAAAAUGACGGUAACCGUGACGAGUUAAUCAUACAACAACAACGGGAUAUUGAAAAGGAAAUAAGUGAUUCGACUCCCUUAGUCGGUGAAUUAUUACCAUUAACGUGUCUUUGGACCGAGUAUAAUGGCGAUGACGUUUUUACUGCAAAAAUUCAAGAUUUAGCAAAAAAGUAUAAGUUUAUCAGACGCACUCGCCCUGAUGGAAAUUGCUUCUUUCGAGCCUUUGCGUACUCAUAUAUGGAGUAUUUAAUAUCAAAUAACAGUGCAUAUAAAGAGUUCCAAAAGUUGGCAGAAGAUUCUAAAGAUAAGCUUGUUGAGCUCGGCUUUCCUAGUUUUACAUUAGAAGACUUUCAUGAAACUUUUAUGGAAGUUAUCAGACGCGUUAGUCCAGAUAAUCCAGGAGGUUACAAUAAAGUUCAAAAUGAACUGCACAAAAUACUCAAUGAGCAGGGUUAUUCAGAUUACGUGGUUGUUUAUUUACGUUUAAUAACAUCUGGAAAACUGCAGGAAGAGGCAGAGUUUUAUCAAAAUUUUAUUGAGGGUGAUUUCACAAUUGAAGAGUUUCGUCAUCAAGAAGUUGAACCUAUGUUCAAAGAAUCCGAUCAUAUCCAUAUAAUUGCACUAUGUGCAGCUCUUGGCGCUGGUGUACGUGUGGAAUACCUGGACAGAGGAGAAGGUUGCAUUGUUAAAGCCCAUGAUUUCCCUGAAGGAACGGAGCCGACGAUUUACCUAAUAUAUAGACCUGGUCACUAUGAUAUACUGUAUCCAAAUUAAGUUGAGCUAUAUCCUUUUAAAUUAAGUCUGUAACAUAAUGUUAAUUUUUUGUUAUCGUAGGUUUCAACUAAAAUAAAAUAAAAAACACUAUGCAACAGCCAAUAAAACUGUA